CCUGGUGGAGGCAGCUGGUGAGCUGCCGGGGUAGCAACCAGAAGAGGAAUGGGCCCAGAGGGCUGCUGUCGCGGGGAGCCUGGAAACAUUUUCUACUCUGCUGUGGAAGAGGCUUUCCAGUUAUGUACUCUGGAGAAAGGUGGAGCUCCGUCCUGUCACGUUUGCGGCUCUGCCCUGCCCACUGCUCCAGCACAUGGGAUGGCAGGGCGGGUCGUCGACGCGCACAGCCGCUCCGCCUCCAAGGCGCUGUGGGAAGAAAGGAUCACAGAGGCGAGACUGCACUGAGAGGCGAUAAACAAGCGAUGUAUGCAUUUCGUGCACCGUUUGGAAAAGGGACAUGCGACCGCACCAGCGAAACUCGUGCGUAACGGGAUCUUAGGGCUGGGACUGUGUUAACGCGCCGCCCCGGCUGUGCGCUCAGGAGCGACGUACAGGCGCGUCAAAGAAACCAGAUUUCUAAGGGGCGACUGUGUGUUUACACAGGAGCCAUCCAGAGCCACGUUUUAGCAAGCAGGCAGGCAGGCGAGCCUGGCUGGGACAGUACAGUGCAGGACUGUUCCGCGUUUGACUCCCUGCCCGUGCAAACAGUGGAGGAACAGAGUCACAGACACAUGGCCAUAUAAGUGAUCAUCGUAGUAAAACAAAAACCAAACAAAAAUCCUGUCCAGCGGAGAGAUUUCUGACACGUUUGGAUGAUAUGGAGUGCUGCAGCUGAUCGACAGGGAGAGCACAUGUUGUGCACGCAGCUAAUCGCCUCAACUUUCAGCAUGGACGUGGAAACUGUUGCAAACUAAGCACAACUACACCUGGCCUCGGUCGCGGGGAAUGCAACAUCGGCACCAGUUUUUAAAGUAAUCUCGCAUCGCUGCCAAGGAGCUUCGGCCGAAAGUCUGCUGCCCGGGGGUCGACAUGGAGAGCCGGGAGGAGAGGGAGAGCAGUCCGCCGAAGGCAGACAGGACGUUCGCCCUGACUUACAUCGGCUGGUCCUCGCUGGACAGGCGGACCACCCUGCCAAUGCUGCCGUGGCUGGUGGCCGAGAUCCGCAGGAGGAGCGAGAGGGGCGACUGCGGCCCCGUGGUGCAGCCGAGAGAAGUUCAGCUGGCCCUCAUCCCGCCGUUCGUCCGAUGCGUCCCCUCCAGCAGCAACAACUCGUCGGUCUUCAUCUUCGAGCACAAGGCGCAGCUCAUCUCUCGCUUCAUCCACAACAGCAAUGACCUCAGCUAUUUUGCCUAUCUCCUGCGGGGCCAGCCCGACAACCCCGAGUCCGAGAUGUCCUGUCACGUCUUCAAGGCCUGCGACCCCAACCAGGUCCCUGAGGUGAUCAGCAGGAUUCGCCAGGUGUCCAAAUCUGCCCUAAAGGGAGAUACCAAGCCAAAACAGGAAGCUGAUGAGGCCUUCUACAACUCCCAGAAGUAUGAAGUGCUUUACCGUGGCAAGGUGACCGUUCUGCACAAAAAGGCUCCGUCCACCCUCAUCGACGACUGCAUCGAUAAGUUCCGUCAGCACGAGGUCGAGCGCAAGCGCCUGCGGCUGCUCAACGGUCAGCGAGGCUCCACCGAGUGCGCCCCUGUGGAGUUCCUCAUAGGAGAAGAUGCAGACCCGCUCUCUGCUGCUCUGAACCAAAGUGUAGAAGACCCCAAGAGCCCAGGAGUGGAGGACGUGACCGGAGGUGGAGUUAAAGGCCUGUCGAGCAGUUCCAGUCAGAGCAGCCUGCGAGGAGCGUUCCCCGAGUGCAUCCUGGAGGACUCUGGCUUUGAGGAGCCGCAGGAGUUUCGGACGCGCUGCAGCAGCCUGGCAGGGAGUCUGCAGAGGAAGCCGGGGGAAGGAGUCAUCAUGGGCCCCACGCGCCGCAGGCACUCCAGCGCACCAAACCAUGUUCAGCCUUCUGAUGCAGACAAGAACCGCACCAUGCUCUUCCAGGUCGGGCGUUUUGAAGUAAACCUCAUAAGUCCAGACAGCAAAACGGUGGUGCUGGAGAAGAACUUCAAAGAUAUCUCAUCCUGCUGUCAGGGCAUCAAGCAGUCCGACCAUUUUGGGUUCAUCUGUCGGGAUCAGUCCGAGUCUGGUCCCAGUCAGUAUGUGUGCUUCGUUUUCCAGUGUGCCAGCGAGUCCCUGGUGGAUGAGGUGAUGCUGACCCUGAAGCAGGCCUUCACUACAGCAGCAACCUUACAGAGCAACAAGACUCAGGUCCAGCUAUGUGAAGCCUGCCCCAUGCACGACCUGCACAAGCUCUGCGAGCGCAUCGAAGGUCUCUACCCACCCAGAGCGAAGCUAGCCAUCCAAAAAUAUCUCUCCCAGCUGACUGAUAACGAGCAGGCCGAGAUUUUUGAGCGAGUUCAGAGACUGAAGCCUGGCUCAGACCAAGAGGAGAACGAGCUGGUGAUCCUCCAUCUGAGGCAGCUCUGUGAAGCCAAACAGAAGUCCCACCUCCACAUCGGAGAAGCCCCUCAGAAUGCAGCAAACAGCUCAUCGGCGGGAGACGGCACAGCCACCAGCAGUCGUUUCAAACUCGAUAUUCUCAAGAAUAAAGCACGCAGCUCCCUCACCAGCUCUCUGGAGAACAUCAUAGCAAGGGGUGCCAGCCGGAUGCGGGGCCGCCUGGGAAGCAUGGGGAGCAUUAGCAGUUUUGAAAGGCAGGAUGAGGAAUCUCCUGGUCACACCCCUCCAGGUUCCCCUCCCGCUUUCCCCGACGAUGACCCAGAAAACGGCGUGCAGUUCCGCCGCCGUGCCCACACCUUCAGCCAUCCACCUGUGAAGAAACGCAUCUCCUUCGAGGGCCAGCCUUCCAGCCAGAGCAAACAGGCUCCGCUGCGCAGACAGCAGUCCGUUAACCCCGAACUGCUGCAGAGCAGUCCCGUGGUUGUCUCGAGAACUCGCAGCGUUUCGGAGAGCGAGUCCUCCUUCGGCCUCCCCUCCUCCUUCUCCGCCCCCACUUUCCUGAAAAGCAUUUACCAGGGCUCACUGGGCUCCCUGAGCUCCCUGGCAGACAGUGGGAGCCUCAAGAGCAAUGGGGAAGUCAGGAAGAGGACCCUGUCUGGCUGCAGCAGUGACUCUCUGAGCGGAGGUCUCCCUCCCACCCCACGCAGGGUCUCCUGGAGACAGAAGAUCUUCCUAAGGGUCGCUUCACCCAUGAACAAGACAUCUGCAUCCAUGCAGCACCCAGACCACUCUGAUGGCAGGGAGCUGUUGCCCCUCUCACCCCGUGCCUGCAACUCAAGUCUGGAUCCCUUGGGGUGUCAGCUGCCACCGGGGGAGAGACCUAAGAGGACGGGGGCUGACUACCGGGCCCUCUGGAAGACUGCCAUCCACCAGCAGAUCCUGCUGCUGCGAAUGGAAAAGGAGAACCAGAGACUGGAGGAAGCGAGCCGGGACGAGCUGCACAUCCGCAAGAUGAAGCUGAGCUACCAGGAAGUGGGCCAGUGCUCCAAAGAUGCGCUGGCAUUGUGGGAGAGAAAACUGACAGCCCCGGGCAGAACGACAGUCCCACAGGACAAGGAGGAGAUGUAUCGCGCUCUCUGCCAAGGUGUUCCCAAGGGCAGGCGGGGAGAGGUGUGGUUGCUCCUUUCCCAUCAGCACCGGCUGCGUCACAGACUGCCCCAGCGCCAGCAGGCCCCAGACACCCCCUACCAGGACCUGCUCAAGCAGCUCACCGCACAGCAGCAUUCUAUUCUGGUGGAUUUAGGCCGGACCUUCCCCACCCACCAGUACUUCUCAGCCCAGCUGGGUGCAGGGCAGCUUUCCCUCUACAACCUCCUCAAAGCCUACUCUCUGCUGGAUACAGAGGUCGGCUACUGCCAGGGUAUCAGCUUCGUGGCCGGAGUGCUGCUGCUGCACAUGAGCGAAGAACAGGCCUUUGACAUGCUGAAGUUCCUCAUGUACGACCUCGGCAUCAGGCAGCAGUACAGACCUGACAUGGUCUCUCUGCAGAUUCAGAUGUACCAGCUCUCCAGACUGUUGCACGACUACCACCGCGAGUUGUACAAUCACUUCGAGGAGCACGAUAUCUGCCCGAGCCUCUACGCAGCGCCCUGGUUCCUCACUCUCUUCGCCUCGCAAUUCCCCCUCAGCUUUGUGUCCCGCAUCUUUGAUUUUGUGUUUGUCCAAGGGACCGGGGUGAUCUUUAAAGUGGCCCUCUGUCUGCUGAGCAGCCAUGAGGGGGAGAUAGUGGAGUGUGACAGCUUUGAGAGCAUCGUGGACUAUCUGAAAACAACACUCCCUGCCCUCACUCAUGCGCAGAUGGAGCAGACCAUCGCCAAGGUGAUGGAGAUGGACAUCUCGAAGCAGCUGCAUGCGUACGAGGUGGAGUACCACGUCCUGCAGGAUGAGAUGUUAGAGGCGGGGCCGCUGCCGGACGAUUCCGACCGGCUCGACAAACUUGAAAAGACCAACGUGCAUUUGAAGAAACAGAACAUGGACCUGCUGGAGAAACUUCAGGCUGCGCGGCAGAAGAUUCAGACGCUGGAGACGAACGUCGAGAACUUCCUUUCUCGGGAGAGCAAAAUGAAGCACAUGAUUCGCUCUCUGGAGCAGGAGAGGGCAGCUUACCAGAAGACCAUUGAACGCAUGCGCUCUUGCCUUCCCCCUGACGCCCUGACAGAUGUGGAGAUGACCCAGAUCAAAACAGGACCCAAUGGGAAAGCCAAAACUACAGCCAAGAAGCCCUGAUGGCAACCAGGGGGCUGGCUGCUGUGGGCAGACACACAGGCAGGAGUGAACAAACACAGACUGCUCUAGUGGAAGGCUGCUGAGAGCCACAGCUAUUGUUGUGCUGCUGCACAAGAGUAGCAGCAUUUUGUAAAUGUGUGAUGUCUGGACUUGAGACUUGCAGACCGUAUGGGGAAAUAUCUACGUGAUAUUUGUCAGCAUAUAAAGGAGUGGUGGGAGGAUGGUUAUCAGUUAUACUUGCAAACAGAUUGUUCUUAUCAAAGUUGCUGUUCUGUCUCAUCUGUGUCACUGCCAGUUUGAAGGUGAGAUCGAGAUGCGUGACAGCCUCCCCUAUUCACAUCUUUCUGAUUGUCCCGGGGGAAUUUUCUAGAUUUAUACAAGUGAGAAAAAGUGUCUGCCUCUGCAAAUUUUUCCGCGCACUGCCUUGAUGUAUUUACUACCAGGCUCAGUAGCACCAUUAACGCACUGAACAGAAGGUGCCUAUUGGCAAACAACCCUUUGGACCUCAGGUUCAACUUACAGCCAUUUCCAGUGUGUAUGAUCCUGGAGCUGAUAACCAUUGUUUUGUUGUUUUGAACUCUGCGUCUGUGAUGGAAUCUCAUUGCUUUGUUUUUUCCUUUGACUCACUUGAAUUUUUUGUGAAUGUAAUUUCCCUCCAAAGAUCAUUGUGACAACAUUCUGUUCUUCACAACAAAAACACCUGCGGUGCUCGACUUUAAAUUUCGGCAGACUAAAGAUUUCACCGCUCAGCUCUCAGCGCAGCACCACUGCCUUCACGUGAGAGAUCUUUGCACUUGCUGCUUUAAAGGAGGAAGUGUUUCUUCCAAAGCUCAGGCAGGAUGUGAGGUCGUCUGCCUUCACAGUUUCCUGUGUGACUGACCGCGGUGUUGCCUCGUUUUAGCACCACGCUCAGACGCCGAAAAAAAAAAAAACAGACUACAGUGGAGGAGUGCUCUGAAUGUACCGCACGUGUUUCUGCUCCAAAUGUCUGUAUGACAUUCUUGUUUUUUUUUGUUUUUUUUUUUGUCGGCCUAAGGUUUUGACAAAACGAGCAACAUCCCUUCUUCCUGUCGUUCUUGAAGGUGCGAUAAGUGUCAUUUAGCUCACGAAAGCAAAGCAACACACACCCGCAGUGUGUGACAGCAUUGCUGUCGGUCACACAAUCAAUUUAAUGUUUGCAGUGAAACUCAAGUGUUGAGGUGAGCAGAGAGUCUGCAAAGGAAAUAAGAAGAACUUGAACACAAAUUAGUUUCCUUUUGAGUGAGGGCAAGUCUCUCCUGUUGCUGGGUAAUAUAGACAGUAUAUGUACGCACACACAUACACGCGCGCUCACAUACACACAAGCCGUGCAGGGAACUGGCUGACUACGUGGACAGACGGUUCAAAUGAGUUGAAAGAGUGUCCCUGGCUCUUUCCUCAGUUUUGUUUUAUCCCACCUCCGUGUCUGACUCACCAUCUCCAGUUCUGAUUGAAAGCAAAACAGUCCUGGGCUUGACUUGGCUUUCAUAAAACACCCUUACAUUAAAACCAAGGUGAUGUCUAUCAUGAAGAAAGUACCUGCUAAAAGUGUCUAUCAGUCUUCCUGUCCUUGGCGACAACUUGUGGUGACACAGUUGUGUCUGUCUCAGUAUAAAGUUUUGACUCUGGAACUUAAGUCCAAGCCGACAUAUCCUGUGGCACACAAUGCAAUAUGUAUACAUUUGGCAGUCCUGUCUAUUUGCAUAUAGUAAUUGUUUACUCUUGCUUAGUUACAGGAGCUACAGUGGCGUUGUAAAGGUUGCAAAAAUCCAGUCUGACGUGUUCUUGUGGUGAGGUGACGUUGUAAAGGUUUGCACUAAACCUGUCAUAAAUAAUAGAGAAAUAGUCACCUCUGAACAGCAGGGAUUAUCUUAACAAUUCAGAAAGUGAAACAUAUCAAAAUACUCGUUUAGAAAUCUGUCGAAGGAUACGUAGGAUAAAAGUCCUACACAGCUUUCCUGCCUCUCUUUGCCUACUUUGCUUAUCUACAGUAUUUGUGCAUCGUAUAAAUUGACCAUUGAACCAAAGAUAUGGUUGUUUUUGAAAAAAAAAAAAUGAAUGAAUGCAAAAUGAAUGAAAUCAUCCGAAAUGCUGUAAUAUAUUGUAUGUUAAAUGUGAUACAUUUGUUCACUUCAACUUUUCAGCAUUCUUCAGGUUUGUACUAAAGGCAAAAGCUUGAAAAGCUACCGAAUAGUGGCGGUAAAAACUUGACACUCUUAAAAAAGGACUAUUGGCAGUUUUGUUUAUGUGUCAGUCUCAUCUUAUUCCUCUGUGCCAAAGGUUAACAAUGGCCUUCUUCACUAAUCGGAGAUAUGAGAUCAUUUAGUCAAUAUCUGAUGUUAAGCACGUCCUCGUGGUCAACGAAGUGUCUGUGUUUUACGUCAGACACUCUUAGUGAUCGUAUCACUGUGUUUUAAGGAAAAACGCUUGGAUAGAUUGUUUUUCUGUCAACAUGAGGGCUACACAAAAGCAAACAAACUGUCAUGAAUUCUUCAAUAAACUUCACCUUGCCUUGUUUUCUGUCUA